GAAAGAUAAAAUCAAUAUUUAUAAUCCAAUGGUCUCCGGAAUCAGAGAAAGGAAAGAUGAAAUUAAUAUCUUAUAAUCCAGUGGUCUCUGGAAUCAGAGAAAGGAAAUAUAAAAUUAAUAUUUUAUAAUCCAGUGGUCUCCAGAAUCAGAGAAAGGAAAGUUUGUCUCUUUCUCUUACAUGGGAGGAACAUUUGGAACUGUUGUCACGUAUCCCCUCUGCGGAAGUAUUUUGACAAGUCUGAGCUGGAUCUGGGUAUUUUACAUCACAAGUAUUCUGACAGGAGUUUGGGGAGUUCUUUGGUUCUUCUUCAUGUUUGAUGACCCACAGGAAGAUCCCUACAGUUCAGAUGAAGAAAAAGAAUUCAUAAUCAGCACGCGAUCCUUCAAUGAAGAUCAAAGAGCAGUCGAUCUUUCAACGCCUAUUCUACCUCUUCUCUUUGAUAUGCUAAAGGAAACUGAUCAUGAUAAAGUUAAGAUUAUUUUGAGUAUAGAGGGAAAAGCGGUUUUCACUUUUUCAUUAUCUAACUUGAUGGCUUCGUUCAGGAUAAAAAACCCUAAAAUGUAAAGUUAGUUUUUACAAUGAUGGUUUAAUAAAACAAAAAAAGUAACGACCAGGAAUUACUGUCCAACGAUGAGCGAUCAUAGAUAACGACGGACCAUUGUUAUAAUCGAUGGACCAUCGUUGUCAAUCUCCAUGUUUAUUAACAAAAUCGCCGUUAAAAACUAUACCCAUCUCUAAUUGUUUCAUAAAGAAAAUUAUUUAACAUUAAUGUUAUUGUAAUUGUACAAUCUUCAUGGUUACCCACAAAGGAUGUGACUUCAGUCUUCACUGACGACCUUAAACUCUUUUAGAAUAAGUAUUUAAAGGUUUAUCGUCUGAAAUAUAAAGUACUAGGCUUUUAGGGCGCUUCGCGCCCAUCUUC